AUGCAUGAUCCAGGGAGCUUUGUAAUUCCUUGCACCAUUGGAGAUGUCACUAUUCAGAGAGCUUUGUGUGAUCUUGGAGCUAGCAUCAAUCUGAUGCCACUUUCGGUUAUGAAAAAGCUCCAAAUUAAGGAGGUAAAACCCACUCGUAUUUCUCUUCAACUUGCUGAUCUUUCUAUUAAAUUUCCUAUGGGGGUUGUUGAAGAUUUACUUGUGAAAGUAGGGCCAUUUAUUUUUCCUACUGAUUUUGUUAUAUUGGAUAUGGAAGAGGAUAAAAAGUCCUCUAUUAUUCUUGGAAGACCCAUUUUGGCUACAGGUAGAGCUCUGAUUGAUGUAAAAAAGGGAGAAUUAACCCUGCGGGUCAAUGAAGAACAGGUGUUCCUUAAUGUAUUUGAAGCCCUCAAACAUCCUAAUGAUUCUGAAGGGUGUAUGAGAGUUGAUGUUGUUGAACCACUUGUUCAAGUGGUACUAGAAGCUGAGGUACUUUAUGAUAUUCUGAAUCCUCUCUCUGAGUAUGAAUUACUUAAGAUUGAUGAUUCACCUCCCAGAAGAACCUGA